AUCACCUACUGUACAGAGUCAUGCGGAGGAUGGGGAUGUUCAUGUGGAUUCCCCUCCUCCGGAUGCCUAUUCUAUCGGAUCUAUCAUGUCCCUACAGGUAACGACGUGCACGAAGUUUUUCAAUGCUCUUCAUGGUAUGAAACCGUUAAACUCAAACUUGAACAGCUGGAUACUAAACAAAUUCAAAGGACCUUCACAGGAGAAAUCAAGCCUUAUGAGGAGCGCACAUUUGGCAACACCAAGGUGGAGGUGACCAACUUUGCCCUUUCACCAAAUACUAUCCAAUACAAGCGCUUCAUCUCUAACAACAGAACUACAGCAUACCUGGAUGACGAUGUUACAUUUAGUUAUGCUUGUACUUCAAAUCCUGCAAUUUUCAAUACCCCAACUCAAUGCAGUAUAAGAGACACUUGUAAAUGCAACCCGGCUGAAGAUUCAAUAUUGUGCUACUGCGCCCAGAACAAUAUUUCUCAGGUGUACCACCUGUCACACAUGCUACCGUUACCGAUUCCAAAUGGUAUCAUAGUAGCAGGACCUAAGAGGAUACCGAAGAUCCACACCAAAUCCUUCUCCAUAGAACUAGCGAUAAAACUCGAUUCAACCGUACUGCAAAUACAGAGGGAGGCAAUUGAAUUCAAAUGCAACGUAGCAGCAACCGCAUUGAGCGGCUGCUACAACUGCUACAAAGGGGCAGUGGCCACAAUAGACUGUUCAGCAGACACGCCACGAGCAACCGCGCAAGCAACGUGCGGCCAUCAACAGUUCGUGCUCACAUGCACACGCGAGGGGAAGGAAAACCAAAUACGGCUGUUUUCAACAAAGCGCGCAGAUGGAAACCAGGACGAGGCUAUUCAAGCUAUGGAAGAGGUCGAGGAAGAAAUCCCCGUUGAACCGGGAAAUGGGAAGCCGCUGGUGGCAACGAAGACCAGCGUCCCGCCGGAACAGGAACCCCAACGUCCACCGAGGGUUGAGUACCGCGCCUUGGACGAACCACGCGUACCUCCAGAAGCUGAUGAACUAUCCGCAGUACACAGGAAGGUCAAUCGCAUUCUGGGAAGAAGUGAAGAUAUCCAGCCGAUGAAAAAUCGUCUGGGCAGUGUAUCCACGCUGCUACACGCGAUCGAUCAACGUACAACCACUAUGAAAGCUGUCGUAGAUCGCACGAUGGUCGGGCUCGAGCAAGUGUACAACCAACAGAAGGACAUUCUAAAGGAGCUAGGGGAGCAGAAGGAUAUCUUGAAAAACCUUGCUGCUGCGCCACCGAGACGUCGCUCACCACAGCCCGGUCCGAGUCAUCAGGUAGACGGUUCCAACUCGCAGCAGCUAAAAUGUGCAUUGUGUGAUGGUAACCAUCACGCAUGCGACUGCAAGCGCUUCCGCACCCUUUCUGAUCGUAAACGUAGGCUUGACGAAAGGAAAAGCUAUCAAUUUCAACUGAUCCGAUUUUUUUCCCUUCAACUCUCAAACUUACUUCAAAUUUCAAUCAGCUAUUUGAUUUAA